ACAUGCGCAGUUUGCCCGCUCCGCCUCUCUAGUAAGGCGGUGCCCGGCCUACGGCGGUGUUGCGGCGGGGACCGAGGAGCAGACGCGGGCAGGAGCAAUGGUACUCCAUCUGGUGCCCAGAUGGUCUAUGUGGCUCUUCUGGGCCACUCCAGGAUGGAGGAAGACAGCUGGUGCUCUUGGAGCCUCUGUGAAACAGAGGUUAAUGAAUUACCCUUGGGGCUCAUAUAGCCCCUGGGUCUGCAGAAGCUACUCCUCAGCCUCCCGCAGUCCUGAGGUGAUGCUGACCUAUGAGCGCUACCCUGUGCAGCGGCUGCCAUUCUCUAAGGUGUCUGAGGAGGACAUGGCCACCUUUCAACGCAUCAUUCCUGGCAGGGUCAUUACAGAUCCAGAGGAAUUGGAAGCAUGUAACGUAGACUGGCUGAAGACUGUCCGGGGCUGUAGCAAGGUGCUGCUGAAGCCCCGGACCUCGGAGGAGGUAUCUAGCAUUCUCAGGCACUGCCAUGAGAGGAACCUGGCUGUGAACCCACAGGGAGGGAACACAGGCAUGGUAGGAGGGAGCGUCCCUGUCUUUGAUGAAGUCAUUCUGUCCACUGCCCUCAUGAACCAGGUCAUCAGCUUCCACAAUGUGUCUGGGAUUCUAGUCUGCCAAGCAGGCUGUGUGCUGGAGGAGUUGAGCCACUACGUGCAGGAACAUGACUUCAUCAUGCCCCUGGACUUGGGAGCAAAGGGCAGCUGCCACAUUGGGGGCAAUGUGGCGACCAACGCUGGUGGUCUGAGGUUUCUGCGAUAUGGCUCACUACGAGGGACUGUCCUUGGCCUGGAAGUGGUACUUGCUGAUGGCACCAUCUUGAACUGCCUGACCUCCCUGAGGAAGGACAACACGGGUUAUGACUUGAAACAACUAUUCAUCGGGUCAGAAGGCACCCUGGGGGUCAUCACCGCUGUGUCCAUCUUGUGUCCACCCCGGCCCAAGGCUGUGAAUGUGGCUUUCCUUGGCUGCCCAGGCUUUGCUGAGGUUCUGCAGACCUUCACCACCUGCAAGGCAAUGCUGAGUGAGGUCCUGUCUGCAUUUGAGUUCAUGGAUGCUGAGUGCAUGCAGCUGGUGAGGCAGCACCUCCACCUGGCCAGCCCAGUUCAAGAGAGUCCAUUCUACGUCCUGAUUGAGACCUCGGGCUCCAGUGCAGAACACGAUGCUGAGAAGCUGGGAAGCUUCCUUGAGCAGGUGCUGGGCUCUGGCCUGGUGACUGAUGGUACCAUGGCUACUGACCAGAAGAAAAUUCAGAUGCUGUGGGCCCUACGGGAGAGGAUCACCGAGGCACUCAGCCAUGAUGGAUACGUGUUCAAGUAUGAUAUCUCCCUCCCUGUGGAGAGGCUCUAUGACCUUGUGACUGACCUGCGCACUCGCCUUGGCUCUAGUGCCAAGCAUGUAGUGGGCUAUGGGCACUUGGGGGAUGGCAACCUGCAUCUGAAUGUGACAGCAGAGGCCUUCAGUGAGGCACUACUGGGCAUCCUGGAGCCCUAUGUGUAUACCUGGACUGCAGAGCAGCGGGGCAGUGUCAGUGCUGAGCACGGUGUAGGCUUCAAGAAGAGACACGUGCUUGGCUACAGCAAGCCACCAGUGGCCGUGCAGCUGAUGCAGCAGCUCAAGGCCCUCCUGGACCCCAAGGGCAUCUUGAACCCCUAUAAGACAUUGCCUGCUCAGGCCUGACUGCCAUAGCAUGUACAUGCUGUAGCACAUCAGGGUCCUUGGGCCUGCAGGGCUGGUGGGCCUGAAGGCCUCCUAGCUGGUGGCACUUGCAAUAGGAAAGGUGGCCAGUCUCCCACUGGCCAGCUCUGUGGAGCCAGAUCAGUGGUUCAAGGAUGCCCAGCUCUUAGGCAGGGCUCUCCCAGCCAUGCUGCCAUUCUGUGGGGGCACAGAGUCAACACAGCUGCAUGGCUCGUGCCCCCUUGCCCUUCUGCUGGCUAAUUCCAGAGAGACCAGGGAGGUGGGCAGCUUUCCCACCCCAAGUCUCCUGUUCCCUGUGAUGGCCCCUGAGGACCUGCUGUGUCUGAUACAGCCCCAGGAGGUGUGCCACAUGUCCUUGCCAUUGUACCUAUGUGGUGUACCCUGUAAGGGCUGCCGGCAGAGAUGACUGGCUCCAAGUUGGUAACUGAGAAGCCCAGAGCACUGAGACUUAUCCACCUGGGCUGAGUGGAAUCUGUUGCCACAUCAAGCAGGUCCUGACCAGAGUGACAGGACUGUGCUGUUCACCCAUUCUGGAAAGCCUUUCUAGUAAGUGGCAGGUGUGAUGGACUUUGAUUUCUCACCAAGCUUGAUCCUUCUGGUUCUGUCCUGCAGUGACAUUCUAGCUUCUAUCAUGGUUCAGUUCCCCUCCCAGCAGCUGUUAGGGAAGUGGGGCGGUGACCUCUCUAAGUUCAUGCUGAAAAGGGGUGGUGCUAGCAUUCCUCUGGAGGGAAGGCUAUCUAAGAGUCCAUGGAGGAACACUCUUACCUGGUAGUCAGCUUCUGGGUAUUGGAGUGUGUCCUUGUAUUUUUGGCAGUUGUUACUAUACCUGAAACACAUAUGAAGGUCUAUUAGUAACAUACAAAGCAGGUAUACAUAUCUUAAUUAUCUAACAGUGGUAAGUACAGACAGAACAUGUUAAUAGCCCUGGAAAUAAUUUUUAUCAACAAAUUUAAAAGACCUAAAUAUUGUUUUGUUAAAAAGCAAGUAGAAUAGAGUCUUGACAUCUUCUUUAAAGAUAUUAUUUAUUUGAGAGCAAGAGAGAAAAAAUGGGCACACCAGGGCCCCCUAGCCACUACAAGCAAAUCCCAGACACAUGUGCCACCCUGUGCAUCUGACUUACGUGGGUACUGGGGAAUUGAACCUGGAUCUUUAGGCUUCACAGGCAAGUGCCUUAACCACUAAGCCAUCUCUCCAGCACUUGACAUAUAUUUUAAGACAUGAGAAGCAUUCCUAAAGUUAAUUUGGUAGCCUCAGGUAUUAAGAGAACUGUUGUCAUUGCCUAGGGGCAGGCUAAACUCAAACUCCUAAUCCUACAGCCUCCAUUUCUCAAUUUCUUGGAUUAGAGGAGUGAGCCACCAUACCUAGCAGAAUCUUGUGACUCCCAAUAAUCCCCUAAAAUACCUGGUGCUGGGAUUAAAAGUGUGAUCCUGAGUUAGAGAGAUGGCUUAGUAGUUAAGGCACUUGCUUGCAAAGCCUAAGGAUCCAUAUUUGACUCUCCAGAUCCCAUGUAAGCCAGA